GCCCUAUUACCGUUACUUCUAUGAUUUGACUCGAUCUGUGCCAUAAUUUCAUGCUCAUCAUGAUUGUCGUUCGUCUUCCGCAUUUGAUGGUAAAACGAUAAAAAUACGAAUCAUGAUCCAUCUCGCGACCGAGGAGAAUAAUAACUAUACAAUGAUUGUUAAUGUACAUGCCACAUUGGCACAUUCACUAUGGUAUCAAACUUUAAGUUGACAUUUUAUAGUGGAUAGAUAUGAUUCGAACUUCCAAAAUUAAUGCCAUAAAUUAUAUUUGAAGGCAUUUCUUGUUAAGUUUGUCGCCAUAACUUUGUUGCUUGAAGUUAUACUGCCAUUUGUAAGAAAAUAAUUAUGACUAGAUUCUCUCCAUGCACUAUCUUUCACUAGAUCUCGAAGCACAGUCUUGUCUAUCCAUUCGAAAUGUAUGAAUUAGAAGACCCUCCCACGGAGUUACAAAGGAUGAUUGGAUAAGACAUCUUGGGAGUCAGCUUCCCUAGACAGGUGAUUUAGAGAAGCCCUUGAUGACAUGAGAGUUUUAUUUUCUACUCGUGUCAUUGUCGAUAUGGCUUUCUAGCAGCUUUUGAUGUCCCUGUUCGACCUCUGGAAGCGUUACGACUAGUUGGCCUUAUGCUCCUUAGUCUUUGAUGUAUUUUGGUUGUUCUUACUCCCUUUUGAAUGAAAAAAAAAGUAAUUGCUCUAUUACCUUAAUGUUUUUCGAUUUUCCUAUAUAAAGCACUAUGUAAUUAAGUAUUUUCUUCAUCCAGUUUUUCUUCUUUACAUCCUUCUCCAAAAGCUUAGUCAUUUCCUCUCAUACCAAUCCUUCGUUAUGACUUGUUUCGGUGCAUCGAACUCGAUAUCAUUCAAUUUAAUUCCUGAAGGUAUCGCCCUGAACCAACAUUAGGAAUCAAUUCUUGUAAUGAUGGCCCACCUCCUCAGCCUCGGACUUUCUUGUUUGAUGAUUCCCAAAACAAUUCCGCUCAGCUAGAAAAAGCAUUCAAGCACUUUUAUACCAUAUAUGUUCGGUGUCAAUAAACUCAUCACUAAGGUCAAGAAAAUGUAUGUAACCACAUACAGAGCCGGUGCACGCAAUCACAUGAAUAUGCCCUUUACCCUGAAGCAAAAUUCUCUUCUGAAAUCUUUGUUGUCACUGAAAAAUCGAGAAAACUAUCGAGUAUUUCUUCUCGUCCCCUCCGAUUUCAAGUCAACACCAUUUGCUUUUUACCAAUGCAUCUUAUCACUCUCAAACCUCUUCAACCAAUGAUUACAAUCCUCCUCCUCAUCAUGUCCAAACCCAUCAACCUAGCUACCCAAAAAAUUCGAUAAACACCCCCAAUACCAUGAACCCUCCUUUCUCAUCCAAAUAUAUGCCUCACACCGAAACCCACCCCACUCAUCCCAAGUCCCAACCAAUCCAAACCACAUGGGAAGAAUGUUGUAAUUCUUGAAGUCAAUGAUUUCGUGCCUAGGGUUCAGUCGGUGUUAACUUUACUUCUAAUACGAAUCGUGUUGACGAUUUCGCAGAUGAUCAUAUUGGAGAAAACGAACACUCAGACGACCGAUAAGACAAUACACCGAUCUAACCCUGGGAGGACUCACAGUCUUCCUCAUCCAAAUACGGGCCAUAUGGAAGUCCGAAGUGCGGCGAAGCGUUCCAAAUUUCACAAGCUUUUGCUGCUCACUUGCGCACACAUUACAAGUAUGAGAGCAAAGAAGAGAGGGUUGGAAGACUGGCCGCCAGGAACAGAAGGAGUUGUUUUGCCUUCUUGGGCUCAUCAUCGUCUAGUGCUGAACCGACGACAAUGUUGCCUGUUGGACAAUACAGGGUUCAAAAUGAUCUCUUGCCUCAUUACAAACAUGGUCUUUGUGAACAAGAGCUUGGUCAAACAGCUAUAUCGGUUGUCAUCAGCAUGGAAGUUUCAUAUUUGAAUCGUUUAAGUAAGCAACUAAUCAUACAAAUAAACCGAUGUCAUCCUUAUAAAAAGACAACCACAUAAAAGCUAGGCAGACAUUAUUUUCGUAAAAAAUGUUACAGAUUCAUUUACUGCGACACUAUGAAAGAGGCAUGAGAAGAAAGAGAUAGACUUAAGAUUGAAGUUCGUUAGGAUUCAAAUACAUAAUCUCUCGUUUAACAAAAAAUUUAAAAAUAUAUGAUAAAUUGUUUAUACUCAUUACUCCAUAUCUCUUACUUAUUUGAGAACAGUUCAAUUGUAAAUUUUAUAACAUCUGCUAACAAUACUAUUAUCUCGAUUUUCUUGACAACUGCCUACUCGCUUCUCUAGUCGUCGUCUCAUCGAUUCCUGCAGCAACUUCCAACGAGUCCGCUGCUUCUAGUUUCCAUUGCGACGGCGGCAGCAGCUUGUUGUACUCUAUGAAUCUUUCGAUUCAGCUCUUGGAGGAGCUGAGGUUGUUUAGGGAUGAACGUCGUGAUUGAGGGGAAGCACCUGAAGCAAUUUCGGGGAUGAGACUUGGUUUUUGUAUAUAGGUAGAAUAUGUACAUAUUCCAGGUGAUGAAUUUCCUGUUGUUCCUUAGUUUCCUUCCGUAUAUUUUUUCUUCUUUUUCUUUUUCUUCUCUCGCAUUAGCUGUCCAAACUGCGGUCCGUUCUAUAACAAUGGGAAGAAGGGGGAGAAUGAUUCCCCCCAACAGUCGGUGUACAAAACUAAAAUAAUCGAAAGGGACAAAACCAACGAGGCAGAGGCAGAAGCAGCCUUGGUGGGCGGCGCCGCCCCGCUCCCGAAUAUCAUCCCAAAGAAAUUCCCAUCACCGUCGCCGCCGCUCUUGCCGCCGGGGGACCCGGUGUAGGUCGUCGUCCCGGGCCCGCCGCCGCCGUUGAAUCCUGGUUUCGCCGUCACCUCCCCUGUAUUCCUGCGAAUGCCAAUAAAUCAUAUCCAUCAGGUUGGUUAUAUUCCCAAAUCAACAACCAUAACAAUAAUGCCACAUUCUCCUAAAUCGACAAAACACAAUCGAUAAUGACUUCACAAGCUGAAUUUUCACGAUGAUCCUGCUGGUGAUAAUUAUUAUUAACGGAAAAAAAAAACCCAGAUUUUCAGAUAUCACGAGUUAAACUUUACAGUGCUAAUUAGUAAUGGGUCAAUGAAAGCUGUAAGAUUUACCCACCACCAUCCACAGUACAACUGGAGAGUUGACAAAAGUACAAUAAGUUUAAACAAGGACGAUCCUAUGCAUGCUGAUAUCGUUGGAUUGUUACUACGAAACGUGCUACAGGAAAAAAGACCAAAACUUUCACUCUUGAGUUGGGUAUCACAUGCCGAUGUGCACAAUAACAAUUCCAAGAGCUGUGUCUCCUAGAUUAGUGUAGUGAGCUGGUUGCAAAUACCCCGUCGGUUUGACGGUGGGAAAUGGGAACACAUAGGACAGUGGACCAUGUGGAGAGAUGGAAGAAGCAUGAAAUGUAUCACUACUGUUAAAAGUUUUAAAACAGGUUGGAUUGGAAAUGAUGGAAACUUCCAGCUGGACACCACACACAGAGAAUCAUUUCUGAUCUACUAUAUGCAAUGCAUAUGUUGGUUUUUCCUGCAUUGUGAACAUCAAGUUCUGGGAAUAUAUUUUAAGUUACCGU